GCAGGGUGGUGGAACGCGUACAUCAUGCUUAGCUUCUGUCUCCUCGAGGUGAUGUUCCAUUGGGCGGAGCCGGCCGACAAGAACGAGGAGGAUGAGAUUCCUGACGACGAGGUGGAGCUGCUGAUCGUCCAAGCCUGGAGAAUGGACAUGGAAGGAGAAUUUUUGGGGCUUCUAUUCGGGAAGGUCAAGGAUGACCAUAUGGAGCCAAUCACGAACGAGGUCUUGGUGUUCCUGGCGCAGCUCUUGGACGAUCUGCCCUUGGAUAUUAUUUCGCGUUGUGACGAGCGGCCCGCGGUAGCGACGCUUACCCGUACAUUGGUACCGCAUUUACUGUGGUCCACGUGUGCAGAGCUUGACGGUGACAACACUGACAAGUGCUACUACCCCUCCUCAGGCCACUACCUGGCCAUCGACGUGACCGACCUCACCUUGUGGGAUCCGAUCAUCCGAAGAGUGGAGGUGGAAGGGGUAGUUGACGACGCGGAGAAAGAAAGAGAAGAGGAAAGCGAAGAGGAAGAAGAAGAAGACUCGGAGGCGAAAACCGGCGAUCCAAUUCUGUGUUCCACACCGUAUGUCGCACGGGGGUUCUGUCGUAUGACCGUACGGUCGUACGGCCGAUCCCGUACAAAGUGACGAAACCCCCCCAAAAAAAAUCGUAAAAAUAUAUAUAUAUAUGGGGAUGUAGAGCUUUUCGUGCUCUAGAGU